AACUCCGAUUUGAACAUAUGCUAUGCAUUUGCCCUCUUUCUAUCCGCAAAGCUGAGGCGGGAGAAAACGUGAUUUCUGAAGCCACAUACCAAAAGACAUCUUAUAAAGAUGAGGGCAAUAACAAUAUUGCAGCUCAAACUUUCACAUUCAGAGAAUUAGCAACAGCCACAAAGAAUUUUCGCCAACAAUGUCUAAUAGGUGAAGGUGGAUUUGGACGUGUUUACAAGGGCCACCUUGACAAAACUAGUCAGGUUGUAGCAGUGAAGCAACUUGAUCGCAAUGGAUUGCAAGGAAACAAAGAGUUCCUUGUGGAGGUGUUGAUGUUGAGCCUUUUGCACCAUUCAAAUCUUGUAAAUUUAAUUGGAUAUUGUGCUGAUGGAGAUCAAAGACUUUUGGUGUAUGAAUACAUGCCUUUGGGAUCACUGGAGGAUCAUCUACUAG